ACUUGGCCCCGGGCCCCUGCGAUAGAGCACUAAGCAGGGACUUUUAGUGAUAUCAGGGGGUGUGCAGUUUGGACAGUAUCCCAAGCCAGAACAAACAGCCCAAAUAUAUCCACACAGUCACUCUGCGGUUGGGGAUUGAGUGGAUAUCUGGGGCUAGAGUAAAAGGCCAAAGAAUAACAGAAGGAAAGAAAGUUUCGGAUAUUUGUUUUAUCUUUGUCUGGGAUGAACUUCACAUUGGGCUUCAAACCAGCGAUGGGAGAUUCAAGUUCAGUGGAGAACUUGGAGAAACACCUCAUUUGCCCCAUCUGUUUGGAGAUAUUCACCAAGCCUGUGGUCAUCUUACCCUGCCAGCAUAAUCUCUGCAGGAAGUGUGCCAACGAUGUUUACCAGGCCUCCAACCCUCUUUGGCAAAACCGGGGUCCUGUGUCUACAGGGGGACGUUUCCGCUGCCCAUCUUGUCGUCACGAGGUGGUAUUGGACCGGCACGGUGUAUAUGGCCUUCAAAGGAACCUUCUAGUGGAGAAUAUAAUUGAUAUCUACAAAUCAGAGUCUACCAGGCCACUCCUGCCCAAAGCAGAGCAACAGCAGCUGAUGUGUGACCAACAUGAGGAGGAGAAGAUCAACAUCUACUGCCUCACCUGUGAGACACCAACAUGCUCCAUGUGCAAAGUGUUCGGGGCUCACAAGGACUGUGAUGUGGCCCCGCUGCCAGACAUCUACAAGAGACAGAAGACAGAGCUAAGUGAUGCCAUAGCCAUCUUGGUGGCCGGAAAUGACAGAACACAGGCCCUGAUCUCACAGAUGGAGGAUAUUUGUAGGACAGUCAAGGAAAAUGGUCACCGGCAGAUGCAGUACAUCUCUGAUAAGUUUGAUGAACUUUACGCCAUCCUAGAAGACCGCAAAAGGGAUCUGAUAGAGACUGUCGGCCGUGAGCAGGACCAAAAACAGGGCCAUGUGCGCUCCCUUAUCCGUUGCCAUGGAGAUCACUUGGAGAUGUCCGUCAAACUUGUAGAGACAGCCAUACAGUCCAUGGAAGAACCUCAAAUGGCUGUGUUCCUGCAGAGCGCAAAAGAAGUGUUCAAGAAGAUCAAAGACACUGCCAAGGCUUCCAACAUUGAGCGGACGGAGGCGGGCUACGAGAGCAUGGCCCACUUCAUCAUCAACACGGAGGAUGUGGCCGACAUGCUGAGAGGCAUCAACUUCCAAAGAGGUGAAGAUGGGGAAGACAGCGGUGAUGAAGCCCCUGAAGACCCGACCACCUCACCUGGUCAGACUGGUGAAUCAGUGAGACGCAUAUAACUUAUUUUUAAACCCAAGGGUAUUUCUUGUGCUGACUUAGGAGAGACUGUAAGGAGGUUUUCUUUAAUCAUUUCAACAUGGCAAGAGCUUCUUUCAUCUGGUAUUUUGUGGUCCUGAAACUCUGAGCUAUAGUUCAGUAAGAGGAAUUACACAUUUCUUCAUAGCUUCAACAUCCUGGAUGUUUAAAACUGUUUAUGAUGCUAUUUUUGGUCUUUUUUAAUCUUAAAAUGAGCUGAGCAUUUGUGGUUU